GUGUUUGUCGAGUCAAAGGUUUUCCUGGACAGCGGUUCACUUCACUUUGUCCCAAGCUGACUUCUGUGACUGACUUACUCUGGACACGAUGGCUGCUGUUCAGAAACUCUUUCCUUAUACUCCCAAAGCACCUAUAAGGCAGGGGAUUUACAGCCAGGCGGUGGUGGUGCAUCGGACCGUGUACAUCUCUGGCCAGCUGGGGCUGGACGUGGCCUCAGGGAAGCUGGUGGAGGGAGGGGUACAGGCUCAGGCCAGACAGGCUCUGGUCAAUAUGGGAGAGAUCCUGAAAGCAGCUGGAUGUGGUUAUGACAAUGUCGUCAAGACAACCGUGCUGUUGGCAGACAUUAAUGACUUUGUCAACGUCAACGAUGUUUAUAAGACAUUUUUCAGCAAAAACUUCCCUGCCAGAGCUGCCUACCAGGUUGUUGCCCUCCCCAGAGGUGGUCUGGUGGAGAUCGAGGCUGUGGCUGUUCUGGGACCCAUCUCUGAGUCCUGACUAACCGGCCAGGGCAUCAACAAGCUGUAAACUAACUAACCUGGAAGUGAAAAUUUAACAGCCUUGAAAUAGUCCUAGUUUAAACAUUAAUUAAAUUAACCCAAACCACCCUUAAGGACUUAGACUAUACUGGCCAGACAUUCUACGGCCUUGAAGAGGAUAUAUAAUGAGGAUAUAAUAAUAUAAUAUAUAUAAUGUCAUAACAUGUUCCUGUUUGUACACUGAACAAAAAUAUAAACACAAUAUGUAAAGUGUU